AGUUAUUCCAAUCUCCAAAGUUCAAAAUUCAAAUUCUCGCUCUCUUCUCUCUAGCAAUGGCGCUUUCUUCAGCUUUCAAGGAGAGACUAGAUCAAAUGGAGUUCACCAGAAACCAACGACUCGAUCUUCUUCAGGCGGAGAAAGAGUUACAAGUGAACAAAUCAAAGAUUUUAGCAUCGAAGCACGCAAGUAUACAAUCCAUAGAACGCAGAUGUUUGAUGCUAGACCAGAAAAUCGCUGCACAAAACCUCAAGAUCACAGUUCUCAGGUCUAACAUCGAAGAUCUCGAUUCCAAAUACCACGGCUCUAUACAACAAUUGAGGAGCCUGAAGAGUGAGGUUGAGGAGCUGAGAGAGUUAGACGAAGAGAGGGAGAAGUAUUACAAGGUGAAAUGUUCAGAGAUGAAUGAGUUUAUGCAAAAUGUUGAGAGGUUUAGAUCGGAGAACCGGUUACAAAUCGAGAACCUGAGAAACCGAAUCAAAGAGUGUAGAGAGAAGAAGAAGAAGAAGAUGAGAGUGAAGAGGCAGAAGAAAAACAGGAGAACCGUGAGAUUCUUCACGGUCUGUUAUGGAUUCCGACAACCCUACAAAGUCCUUUGCGACGGCACUUUCGUCCACCAUCUUGUUUCUAAUGAGAUCACUCCCGCCGACACUGCUAUCUCCGAACUCCUCGGAGGUCCCGUCAAGCUCUUCACCACCAGAUGUGUGAUUGCGGAGCUGGAGAAAUUGGGGAAAGAUUUUGCGGAAUCUCUUGAAGCUGCUCAGAUGCUUAGUACAGCAACAUGUGAGCACGAGGAGGCAAAAGCAGCAGAUGAGUGUUUGUCAGAGGUGAUAGGGGUGAAAAAUUCUGAGCAUUUCUUUCUCGGUACUCAGGACGCUGAGUUUAGGAGAAAGCUUCAGCAGGAGUCUAUCGUUCCUCUUGUGUUUGGUUUAAGGAACAUACUGCUGAUCGAUCAACCUUCUGAUUUCCAACGUCAGACCGCCAAAGACUCUGAAAAUAAGCGCUUAACUAUGACUGAUACAGAAAAAAAGUUGUUGGUGAAACGGACUGCGAAAAUCAUAGCUUCUAAUAGAGAAAAAGGAACAAUUGAAAAUGAAGAAUGGGGAAUGCCUAGAGUAGUUUCUACAAGAAAUGGACUUGGUGUGAAGGAUAGACCUCAGUUCAAGCGAAAUAGAGCCAAGGGUCCAAACCCACUUUCAUGCAUGAAGAAAAAGAAGGAGAACAAUACAGAGAAACCUCAAUCCAAAUCCAAAGCCAAUUCUAACUCUGGUGCACACAAGGAAAAGAAAGAAGGCGAGAGCGAUACAAAAAAGAGGUCAAGAAAACGGUCAAAAAAAGGAAUGUCUGGUCCGGAGAGAACCGAGUGAAAACUGUUAUUUCUUAUCUAACACUUCUUGAACCGUUUACUUUUUCUACUGCAUACAAAAAUUUUGGUCACCAAUCAGACUAGAGCUUUAGUCACAUUGCUGUUACUCUCUCAUUUUAUUUCACGCAAAGGCGACCAGAGUAACAGAGACCAAGAAGCAACUUAAAAGAAGAAAAAAAAACAAUCCCCAAAGAUAUGAAAAUAAUACGCUGAAACUGAG